AUGAGGAAGGAUGAAUCUGAGAUGAAGAAAAAAAUUGAGAAGGAAUCGAUUGCUUUAUUUAAAAAGAAUUUAUUAAAAGAGAGUUAUAAAUGGUUUAAGGAUACUGAUUAUUUUGUAAAAUUAAAGAAUGAGAAUAAGUAUUCAAAUAUAGAAAACAAGACUGAGACAAGAAAUAUAGUUACGGGUAGAUUACAGCUAGGAUGGGGUGGUACAUUUUUUUUAUUAUGUUGUGUGGUAGUAAUAUGUGAUAAUUCAGGAUGGCAAUCUUGUAAUCAUUAUAAUAAUAAUAUAUUUUAUUCUCCUGAAUCUUUAACUAUUGUAUAUUCAUUUUUAUAUAUAAUAUAUGGUGUUCCUUUAUUCAUAUUUCAUCAAUGUUUAGGAUUAAUAUCACAAGGGAAUUAUAUAAAAUCGUGUCGAUUAUUGUGUCCACAUAUGAGUAUAUUAAGUUUAUUUUCUUUAUAUGGAACCAUAACAUUUUGUUCAAAAGAAAUAUGUAAUUUCUCUAUUGAAUUAUUACAGAAUAUAUUUAGAAUAUUUGAUAGAAAAGAAGAACAGAAAUAUGGUAUGACAAAAAUAUUUAUAGAUUUGUUGAAUAGAGAUAUUGAUUGUACAUAUAUACCUAAUAGUUUGUAUGUUGAAUCUUUAGGUCAAUGUAUAUCUUAUAAUGAUGAGGUUUUUGUAAAUUUUUAUGAAAAUAUAUGGUUUAUAAGUAAUAAUAAAAAUUAUAUUUAUUUAAUAAUAAUAAGUACAUUAUUUUUGAUAUUUUGUUAUUUUUUAUUAUUAAAAGAGAAUUUUCGUGUUUUUAAAUUUUUUAUUUUUGUUAUAAUAAUUAAUUGGAUAACAACCAAAUCAGUAGUUAUAAUGAAUACUUUUUUUUUCUAUAUACCUCCACAGAAUCAACAAAUAUAUGAAGAAAUAUUAUUAAUAUUUAAACAAGUAGGAUAUGUAAAAUUAACAAUAUUUUUAUAUGGAACACUAGCUAGAAGUUCCUCUAUAUUUAUAUUAAGUACAUUUGCAUCUUACUUUAAUAUAAAUACAAAUAUAUUUAAAAUUAGUAUUUAUACAUUUGCCUUUUAUAUAUUAAAUAUGUAUUUUUAUUUAAAAAAUGAAGCUUAUGAAUAUUUUCUAUAUAAUAAAAGUCUUAGUCAUAAUAAUACUGAUGAAUUCAAUUUUAUUAAAUGUAAUACAUAUAUUAAUAUGUUACAUGAAAUAAAUAAUCCAAACCAUAACAAUCAUUUUGUUUAUUUAUAUAAAUAUAAACAAAAAUAUGCUGUGUGGCAAAAAUUAUGUUUAUUCUUUAGUACAUAUUCUUUUCUUUUCUCUACUAUAUUUAUUGUAUUAAUGCAGUUAUUAGGUCCCUUCAAUAUAAUAAACGAACUUAUUUUUACAAAUAAUAAGAACCAGCAAAAGGACACAAAGAUCUAUAGUUACAAGUCGUUAGUAAAGAAGUAUGAAAAGUAUGACAUCCACCAUUCUCUGUCAACAAUAAUAAAAAGUAAAAGGAAAAGGAAAAGUAAAAAUGAUGGCAAAUAUGAAAGUAAAAGUAAAAGUAAAAGUAAUGGUAAAAAUAAAGGUGAAGAUACAAAUAAAUUUAUUCAUAAUUAUAAUACAAGGGAAGAUAAUUAUUAUAGUACCUAUGAUAAAUCAGAUGAACAUCAUGAUUUAGCUCAAAUAUCUAAUCAUAUGAACUCUAUACAAUCAUCUUCUUAUAAAAAAGACAGUGUAUCAUUUUAUUCUUCAUCACAUAGUACGAAUAUGGAAAUAAUAAAAUAUGAUCAUGGAAAAAAACAAACAUAUGAUGAAAAAAAUCAUAGUAAUAGUUUUAGUAGCUCUACAAAUACUGAUAUCGACAAUAAUUAUAAUAAUAUUUAUAAAAUGGAAAAAAAAAAUAUAAAAAAUAUGUCUGAUGAAAUGAUGAAAAAGAAGACGAAAAAAGACCAAAAAAAAAAAAAUGUCGUUGAGAAUAAUUUGAUAAGGAUAAAAAGAUAUGGGAACUUUUUCUUAUUCUUUAUUAUAUACAUAUUUACCAUAUUACAUAUCAUAGAUUUUAAAAGAAAUAAUAAUAUUAUAAGUGAAAUAAUAUUAUAUUCUAUGUAUAGAAGUUUUUUAAUAUUUAUUAUAUCAUGUCAAAUAAUAUAUUCUUCAUGGAUUUUUGGUUUAAGACUUCAAUGUAGUCAAUGCGGAAUUUUUUCAUGUUUAUUACAUUUUAUAACAUGGAUUAUAUUAUUACCUGGGAUGUUUUUAAUAUAUAUGUAUAAAAAUUAUUUUAUACAUAUAAUGAUCAUAGGAAUUCUUUUAAAUAUAAUAACUAUAUUUAUUUCAUAUAUUGAAGUUAUAAAUAAAUUAAAAAAAAACCAACAGAAAAUAACACACAGGAAUAAUAAUAUAAAUACACAAUACAAAAAAAUAUUAUAUGAAUAUGAUAAAAUAAAUAUUUUAAAAAAAUGUAUUUAUUGGCUUUAUAUAGGAAACAUAGAUAUUUUAAGAAAAAAUAUGAAUAUAGCUAUAUCAGGAAAUGAAAAAAAAUAUAUACCUUUUUUUUGGGUUAUAUUCUUUAAAUAUAUUAAUUCCUCUAUGCUAAUAGUAAUCAUUAUUGUUAACACAAAAGAAUAUUUUAUAAAUAUGCUCUAUAUCUUCGAGAGUUCCUUUAGUUUCAAUAUCGAGCUUAUAUUGAUUCUUAUCAUCUUCAUAGUUUCGUUUUUUUUGUUGUUCAAAAAUAUUUUUACAGAUAAUUACAAUACACAAAAUGUUAUAAUACCCCCCAUUCCUAUGGUUUGCCAGGAUAAAAAGAGAUACAUUUUUUAUGAAUAA